CCCAAAACCAUCAAAAAGAAAAAGAUAGAAAAGUGGUGAAGAGGGAGUCCGCAACUCGUUGCCCCGGACUGCGGCUGUUCCUCCAUCGUCUGAAAUCGCUAUUUUCACAUCGAAUGGAUCAAGACGGGGGCGAAAGAUCUCAACUUUGACUCUGCAUUCGAACAGCUAAUCGAUUUUCUUACGAAUUGAGUUUAUGAGCUUCAUCAACUUCCCAGAAGUGAGAACGUUUUGGUAGAGUGAUGCAGAAAUUGGGCGAUUUCAAUCUUCCUCAGUUCUUCAAUUACCCACCAUACUUCACCUUGCAGGCGGUGAGGGAUACACGAGAGAAGCAAAUACAGCUAUGGAAGGAGCUUAUCUUGGAUUACUGCAAAACCCAGAAGCUUUUCAUUAUUGGGCUUGAAGAAGAUUUUCCUCUCUUCUCAAAUCAUGCCAUUGAUAGAUCUUUAAGUCAUGAAGCUAGGGAAACAUUCCUCUCGGCCCUUGUUGGAGAAGGGCGGGCGGAGUGGUUAGACAAAGGGCACAGGAAGUGCCUGAUUCUAUGGCACCGGAUUCAAGAUUGGGCUGACAUAAUUCUGCAGUUUGUGAGAGAGAACGGAUUGGAGGACAGUGUCAUGACCGUCGAGGAAAUACGUUCAGGAACUGAAUCACGGGGAACAGAACUGAACGGAAUAGAGAGGACAGUUCUAAUGCGGGGGUUGAAGCUGCUGGAAAACAAGGGCAAGCUUGCAUUGUUCAAGGGAACUUCAGCUGAUGAUGAUGGCGUCAAGUUCUCUGCUUGAUUCUCUGUAAUAAUCUUAUCUGGUGAUAACACAUUUCGACAAAAAUCUUAUGAACCAAACUGAAAUCGGAUUCAGUAAAAAAAAUCAGUUGAAUCUCUUCUGUUUUUGGGCAUGGACCUCUUGUAUUAUUGGUGUCGCCUUCAGUAUUUUUUGGCCUAUAAUAA